AUGGGAUGGGUCCUGAGUGUGGCCUCUCUCCUCAUCAUCUCCACCAACCUGCUGGUGGCUGCUGCUCUCUUUCAGCUGAUGCGCAGGAAAGGCAGUCAGAGCUGGUGCUUCGUGCUCAACCUGGCCCUGGCAGAUAUCCUGGUGGGCCUGGCUAUCACUGGCAUUGUCACUGACGUGUUUAAAAAUUACAAUACCGUGAGCAAUGGAACUAUUCCAACUACUCGACCGCUACUCCUAAUGCACUCCACACAGAAGACCAAGUGUCUACUCCGCAUGGCCUUCGUCAUCUCCCCCUCAACGGCGUCCAUCUUGUCCAUGUUCCUGAUCUCUCUGGACCGCUACGUAGCCAUCAAGCUGCCGCUGCGCUACUCCCAGCUCACUGGGAGGUGGACCGUGACUGGAGCCCUGGUAGCGCUGUGGAUGGUAUCCCUCACCGUUGGCUUCCUACCAGGCAUGGCAUGGCAGUUCCAGCAGGGAGACUUCGACAGCAGCAGCCUUUGCACCUUCUUCUCUGUCAUCCGUCCCAAGGGCAUCAUUGUGGUGUUCUGUGCCGUCUUCUUCCCCAUCCUCUCUGUCUUCACCUACUUCUACCUGGACAUUCUGAAGAUUGCUUGCGGCCACCAGAGGCAGAUCCGCCAGGCCCGCCAGGCCGGCACCAGGCUGCCCCAGCGCAGCCGCUAUUGGGGCCACUUCAAGGCCCUGAGGACCGUGGCUCUGCUGGUGGGCUGUUUCACCCUCUGCUGGUGCCCAUUCUUUGUGGUGUGUGCAGUGCAGGUGCUGUGUGAGGCCUGUGAGCUGUACAAGGUGCUUGAGAAUGACCUGUGGCUGCUGGGGCUGUCCAACUCCCUUAUUAACCCUUUGGUGUACGCCUGCUGGCAGAGGGAGGUGCGGCUGCAGAUCGAGACACUCUUCUCCUGCGUUAAGGACAGGGUCAGGAACACAGCCGUGUUAGAGGCUAGUGAAAGAUGUCAGAUAGAGCUGCAUAUACCCACUCAUACUGUUAUAUCUGUGAACGAUGCCAUGAGCCUGGAUCCCACCUUGCCAUCGGUCACCAGUGAAGAGGGCCACACUGUACAGCUUUCUGCCUCAACCCCCUUGUGA